CCUCAUACCGCGAAACAAGAUAUGGCAAUACAUUCACACUGCUUGUAGUUGAUAUACGUUAUAAUUUUCCCAGGUGAUCGUUUACUUAAUGUAUGAGGAGUUGAUGAAUUUCGACAGGAAACUUUUACAAAAUCAUUGGAAUUUACAAUGGUUUCAGAAAUAAACGUUUGGAAAAUUAACGCUAAAAACCAGGGCAAGACAGCAUAGUCGAUAAGUGCUGACUGGUAAACAAAAUGGCGACGGCAGGUGAAACUGAUGUUAGUUUGUCAAACACUAGCGGAGAUUUUCAGUGUGAACCGUGUUCAUCCGAUGGACAGAGACGGAAUGUUGAGGGUUUUUGCAUGGAGUGCAAUGAAUAUCUGUGUCAGUUUUGUCUGGAUACACACCGGAAACUACGCAUGUCGAAGACACAUCAUGUUAAAAGAGGGAAAGACAUACCAGAAACAAAGCACAAUCAACAAACUCCGAAUCCUGCUGAAACCAAUUGUCAUUUCCAUACUGACAAGAAAAUAACUUAUUUCUGUAAAUCACACCAGCAGCUCUGUUGUGACCAGUGUGUGAUUUUGGGGCACAAGGUUUGUACUGAUGUAAAGUCUAUUAGCGAUUAUUCUCAAGAGUUAAUAGAAAGCAAAGAAUUUAUGACGGCUUUCGAGAAGCUUAAGAGCUUACAAUCCGUAUACACAACGAAAAUCAAGGAAGUUAGAAAGAAUCUUGAAAACGUUGAUUUGUAUUAUCAUAACUCGAUGGAAACGUUCAAAGCUGAAGUUGACAAAAUUAAGAUGGCGGAUAUAGAUAAGUUAAAGGCUAUUGUCGCUUCGUACGAAUGUAUUCUUCGCCAGUUGGUUGCAUGGUUUGACAAUAUUGACACCUAUACAAACAACAAACAGAGCAAGGAACUCGCCGUGCUGGUGUUGGGGACAACAAAAUAUGUAAAUGCGAUCGAAGAUAAUGUCCAAAAGCUUUGCAAAGACGACAGUAUUGUCAGAUAUGGCUUUGUACCAGAUACAACAUCACUGCUUUGUCUAAUGAAGGCUCCUUUCCUCGUUAAGACUUUUUAUGUCAAACAUGAACGUGACGAAAACACAUGUUGUAUUGCAGACAUUGUAGUGUUAAAAGAAAGCCUCAUCUUAGUCACAGACUACAACAAUUCAAGUCUAAAGAUAUUCAAUUCUGAUUCAACAACUCUUGUUUCCUACGUUAAACUGCAGUACCAGCCCUGGCAAAUGUCAGUUACAGAAAAAGGUGAGAUCUACGUGACACUAUAUGGUCAAUCUAAAAUCAUCUAUCUAAAUUCGCCAGCAACAGACCUUUCCACAUUCCGUGAGAUAGACGUAGACGGCAAAUGUUACGCCAUAGAAUGCUUCAACAAAACCCUGAAAGUUCAGUGUACGUCUCCUGCCAAAACUAUAGAACUCAACGAAGAUGGCAAACAAAUCAGAGUGAUCAACAAUGACUUAAGUAAGGAAACCAACGAGAAUGGAGAACAGUUUUUUUCAACUCCACAGUGGUCAACACAAGAUCCAGCAACUGGUUCGAUGUACGUAUCAUGUAAUAGCAAGCAUUCAAUAACAGAAAUCAAAAGUGACGGCGAUGUUAAGUUACUUGUGAAGUCAAACACACUGAAUUGUCCUUAUGGCCUGUGCAUGGAUAUUGAUGGUUCAGUCAUCGUGUGUAGCUACAAUAGCAAGGACGUGUUUAGGGUGAGGAGUAAUGGAGACAUCACGAGCGUAUUACCACAGCCUCUAGACUUUUACCUUCGCGCAGUGGCCCUUGAUAAUCGUGCAAAGAGGUUGUUUGUCGGUGGAGAUUCUGAUAAACUUCACGUGUUUCAAAUCUAGAUUUCGCUAACCAUAGUACAGGUUUGUUUCCGGUUGCUGUAAAACCGACAGUGUCGUUUCUAAGCAAACCCCGCAAUAGUGAGUUUUAAUUCAACUCGAUGAACAGGUUGACAGUUGACAUUAAUAUAGUUAGGCUAAUAUAUAAAUUUUCAAAACAAGAUUAUGUUGAUGUUACUUUAUGGGAUAUAUUUACAAAGCAUACAACCUUUGAGGCUGGUGUACCAACAUUACUCUGGAAUAGUUGUAAAAAUAUGAAAAACAUGUGAUAAAUGGCUAAUUAAGUAAAGUGUAUUGAUUUAUCCUUACAUUGUAUGUAUCAAUACGAACAUGUAGUGUGGAGUUUAAAAAUAAACGUUUGAGAGUGACCUACAUCUUGAGUACACUGUCAUCUAUAAACAUUACGAUGCACAUUACCGUACUAGGGUACUGUACCAAUUGAUAUAACAUUGUGUUAGAUCGUAAACGAUUAACAUGUAAAAAGAGCAAGCUUAAAAUGAUUCACUUGAGUUUGUUUUUAUCCAUCACCGUAAAAGAUGUAUGUAAAUGCAUGUAUAAGUAUGUAUAAUUUAAGGUAAUCGAUGAACAAAAUUAAUAAGCUUGUCGUUUCAAUAAUUUUAAAAGUUUAUUCCUAGUGACCCCAUCUUAUUAUAUUUACAUUAACACUUCAUUCCUUAACGAUGGUUGUUGUUUAUCAAUUUCACAUUAUUUCUGUAUAAAGUGCAAUGGCAUUUCCCAUCGAAAUCGCUUGCGUUUGUUCAAUACUUCUGUCCUGUCAUUGGGCGCAAUAAUACUAAUGGAUGGGGCAUAUUUACUACGGAACUAUUUUUUUCAAUGAAAUCGUAUCAAAAUUAUUGGCAACAUGCAAAACUGUAAUCUGCAGUAAAGCAGUUAAAACAAAAUAAGCAACGAUAAUUUGAUUGAUUUUAAUUUAAAUGAUUUCAUGAUGGAUAGAACAGUUGAAGAGUAUUAAAUUACAAUGAUGACGACUUAUUUCGGAAUUUGGAAUUGACAUUUGGUAAAAAUAAAGCAUCUGACAAAACAUGAAAUCGAGAAAAUAAAACAAAAACAUAUUGUAGUGCACCCAGCAACGUCCAGAAGAAAGAGCUCAGUUCAGCACUAAGUCUUUUCACGUCCUAUGGCUUUCCUUCCGCGAAAGUUCACGUUACCCCAACCACCGCCACUGUCGUUUCCACAGAGACGUUUCAUCGUCAUUAAUUUUUUACUUCCAAAGAAAUGACAAUGCACUUGCUGAUUUGUUCAACACCGUAUUCCAACAUGAUUCAUACACCAACUGAUUCUUCAAAGUAACGCUCAACAAGUAAAUUGACUGGAAUUUCUCUCCAAUUUGAAAACUCGUGAUUUAACCAACGGUAGUAUCGCGUAUCACGUGAGAUAUAAUGAGAACUUUGUAGGUGGCGAUAUUUUUGUUGUUUUCUUGUUAUGCUAAUUUCUCAUAACUAUAU